AUGGAGACUGUUAAUACGAAAAAAGAAGGUUAUCAGGAACCAAAUAUAGAAACAAACAUCGCCGCAACUAGUAGCAAUAGUACUAUAAAUACCGAUAAUAGUAGAAACAAUACUCAAAAUGACAACAGGCACACAGAAAUUCGCGAAUUCGAUGGUGAAGAUAUAGACUCCCAUAUUUUUCAUAACCCAACAACGAGUACUACCUUGGACAGGGGUGAAAAUGAAAUUUUAGAGGAAAUAUAUGCCACGGAUCACUCAGUUUUAUACGAAGAUGAUGAUGUAGAAGAUGACCUCAUUCCUAAUUUUUGGAAAAAUCCCUCUAUAAUUGGUAAGUACCUGGUAACAAGACUUACUUCUUUGGCACAUAUUCAUUCAAUCUCCAUGGAAAAUAUCAAUCCAUUUCCGGAACUAUUUAAAAUGACUUUCCGUAAUUGGGUUUAUUUUUUUAUGGGAUAUAGCGCAUGGCUAACUGCUGCUUGGGCAUUUUUUUGUGUUUCAGUAUCAAUGGCUCCGAUGGGAAAAUUAUUCGAUAAGGAAACUCAUGAUAUGAGUUGGGGGUUAAGUUUGGUUUUAUUCAUUAGAAGCGGAGGCGCUAUCAUCAGUGGGUAUUUUACCGACAAAUAUGGAAGAAAAUAUCCAUACAUUGUUUGUUUAUUUUUAUUUUUCAUUUGCCAAUUAUGUACACCAUGGGCUAAAUCUUAUAACCAAUGGUUGGGCAUCCGUUCCAUAAGUGGUGUUGCCAUGGGUGGUAUUUAUGGCCCUGCAUCUUGCACAGCUAUUGAAGACGCUCCUGUCAAGGCAAGAAGUUUUCUUUCUGGUUUAUUUUUCUCUGCUUACUCGAUGGGAUUUAUAUGGGCCAUUGUGUUUAACAGAGCCUUUAUGAACGUUAACUAUGAGCAACCAUGGAGAAUUCAAUUUUGGUUCAGUUGUUUUUUACCGCUAGUAUUGAUUGGUAUUAGAUUAUUAUUACCAGAAACACAAUACUUUACUAAAGUUUUAAAAGCCAAAAAAUUAAUGGCUAGAGACGAAAUUAUUGCCAACGGCGGUCAACAAUUACCUAAGAAAACAUUUAAAGAUAAAUGGCACAACACUUGUAAUGCUAUUAAAAAGUAUUGGCUAUUAUUUGGUUACUUGGUUCUAUUGUUGGUUGGUCCAAAUUACUUGACUCAUGCUUCCCAAGAUUUAUUUCCAACUAUGUUGACAUCUCAAUUAGGAUUUAGCGAAGAUGCAAAGACUGUAGCAGUUGUAGUUGUUAACCUAGGUGCAAUUGCUGGUGGCUUAAUUUUUGGUCAACUAAUGGAAAUUACUGGCAGAAGGUUAGGAUUAUUAAUUGCCACUAUUAUGGGUGGUUGCUUUACUUAUCCAGCUUUUUUAUUAAGAACUAAUAGUGCCAUUUUGGGUGCUGGUUUCAUGCUAUAUUUUUCCGUUUUAGGUGUUUGGGGGGUUUUACCUAUCCAUUUGAGUGAACUAUCUCCUCCAGAUGCGCGUGCUUUAGUAUCCGGAUUAGCAUACCAAUUGGGUAACUUAGCUUCUGCUGCCUCUACCACUAUUGAAACACAGUUGGCCAACAAAUAUCCAUACGCACGUGAUCCUAUAACGGGUGCUGUUACUAAGGAAGAUUAUGCUAAAGUUAUGGCCAUUUUAACAGGUGCAGCUUUCAUCUUUACUUUUGGGUUUGUUUUCAUUGGACACGAAAAAUUCCAUAGAGAUCUAUCUUCACCAAAAGUUAAAAAAUACAUUGCCAAGGUCAAUGAAUUAGAAGAAAAGGGUGAGUAUGAAUUGACUUUACAACAACCUUAUAAAGAUGAAACGGCCAAUGAGGUGGAAUUAUAUGCUCCAAAUAUGGCUAAGAGUGAUUCUGCUUGGUCUGGUCAAAGUUCAAAAAAAUGCUCUGAUGAACAAAUUGAAGAUGUGGGAAUGAAAAGUUGA